AAGACGCGAUGGACUAAAGAAGAAGAUGAAAAGUUGAAACGAUACGUUCACGUACAUAAAGACAAUUGGCGAUCUGUGGCUGAUAAUUUUACUGAUAGAUCGGAAUUGCAAUGUCAGCAUCGCUGGCAAAAAGUUCUUAAUCCUGAACUUAUUAAAGGACCAUGGACGAAGGAAGAAGACGAAAAGAUCGUACAACUUGUACAUCAGUAUGGUCCUAAACGUUGGUCGUUAAUAGCAGAAAAGUUGCAGGGAAGAAUUGGAAAGCAAUGUCGAGAAAGAUGGCACAAUCACCUUAAUCCUGACAUAAAGAAAUCGGCUUGGACUCAAGAAGAAGAUCAAAUUAUAUACGAAUCGCAUAAAAAGUUAGGAAAUCGUUGGGCAGAAAUUGCAAAAUUACUCCCUGGAAGAACUGAUAAUGCUAUCAAGAAUCACUGGAAUUCGUCGAUGAAAAGAAAGAUC